CCGCCAGCCUCGAUCCAAGCAAGCUAAGUUCAGACCCGAAUAAUAUGAUCGGUGUUUGCACUGGCACUGCCGCCUUGACGUGUGCACAGGCAGCACAGCUCAUUCAUCUUAAGAGCUAAGAAGGCGCACGAUGUGUGUGUAUGUGUGUGAAACACAUUCUUGACCUCUAGAUGGAGUAUUCGACUGACGAUAUUGCAGCAGCGAGGAGCUUGCAGUUCACUAUGUAUAUAUACGCGUCCAUGACCACAUUCUGGACCUACGAUUAUGUAUGUUCGCUUCAUGAAGAGUUGACGUUCUUGCUUCGAUCGCACUGGACCAAGAUGAAAGUUCUGUAUAUCGUUACGCGAUACCUCCCUUUUAUCAUUCUCGUCACGGGUCUAUAUCGGAGCUUUGUGCCGAAUGAGAACACAGGUAAAUGUCGGGUACUGGACAAUAUUGAAUUAGAUCUUGGCGUAGUAUUAGUCAUUUGCUCCGAAUGUUUUUUCAUCUUCAGAACAUAUGUGCUCUGGGAAAAAAAUAGAAUAUUGCUCGCAGCCAUGCUUUCCACCUUGUUUAUUUCUCUCGUAGCAUCCUUCGGCAUUACCUCUACCGCUGCUGCUGCUGCUGCAUAUGCGACUAGCGCGGUCCCGGGCAUCACAGGAUGCUACCGGAAAUCGUCCAAUUACCGGCUCUUCAUACCAUUUAUUCUCCUUUUCGUGUUCGAACUGGGACUCCUGAUGCUCACACUCAUACGUGCCAUACACGACUGGCGGACAAACCAAAACCGUCUGUAUGCUGUCCUGGUGAACCAUAACGUAUUCUAUUAUGCAUGCGGUCUUCUGUUCUCGGUAGCGAAUAUCAUCACAUCGCUGGUCCUUCAGUACUUCUGUCAUAGCGUUUCGUAUGAUUUUCAGUUCAUUAUUCUUGCAAUCCUCGCCACUCGCAUGCACCUCCAUCUCUGGCAGACGAACCAACAUUCACAUGGCUCUACUGGCGCCUUCAUGUAUAUUCCAAUGUCAGACACGUCAUUCUUAAAUGUCGCAGCGUGAUGUCUACUAUUCUGUGGCUUAUUCGGUGACGUUCGUGGAGCGAGGCUUGGCCCAUACAAGAUGAUUGGGAUUGGUAGGGGUAGGCUUGGUAGAAUUUAUUACAUGCUUAAAUUAUAGGAUGAGUCGGUUACGGGAUGACGGGAGUAUUUCGAUGUCAUUGGUCUAUUUAACAUCCAUAUUUUCCACUGUAGCAAGGGCAGCAUGGCUGUUUGCUCUGCUUCUAUCCGAAAACUUCAUGAAGUCAGGCAACGUCUCGAACUCAGUUAGCGAGACAGUUACCACGACGCUCUUGAGGGAGUUGAAG